AUGGAUCCCGAGGGCGCGRCCACUGAUCAGAUGCAAACAGAAUCUUUACCUUCAUGUCCCAGCACUGUUUCACCGGUGAGGUUAAAUAAUCUGAUCGGUUCUCCAAGGUUUGGAACAGUUACUCCAAAUCGUGUYUUUGUUGGAGGAAUUGAUUUUAAGACUAAUGAAAAUGACCUGAAGAAGUUCUUUGCUCAGUAUGGCAGUGUGACAGAAGUGAAGAUAAUAAAUGACAGAGCUGGAGURUCAAAGGGGUAUGGCUUUGUUACGUUUGAAACCCAAGAAGAGGCCCAGAAGAUUUUGCAAGAUGCUAAAAAACUCAACUAUAAAGAUAAGAAAUUGAAUAUCGGCCCAGCAAUAAGAAAACAAGUGCGGAGUCCUAAUGCUCGCUCUGCUGUAACACCACAAGCUGGUACAAUGUAUGCAACCACUGCUGUAUCACCAGAAGCUGGUACAAUGUACUUAACCACUUCGAGUGGAUAUCCAUAUGUUUACCAUAAUGGAGUGGCUUACUUUCAUACRUCUGAAGUUUCUCCUGUUCAGCAGCCAUGGCCAUCUCGCUCUGUUUCCAGUUCACCUGUGAUGGUUGCUCCACCUGUSUAUCAGUCUCCUACGUACCAUUAUCAGGCACCAACACAGUGUCUUUCAAGUCAGUGGCAGUGGUCUGUUCCACAGUCUCCUACCUCUUCACCUCCACUCUUGUAUCUGCAACCAUCUGAAGUCUUUUAUCAGCCWAUAGGAAUUAACCAGGAAGGUGGAUGUAUAUCUCCACCUCACCUAAUGGAAGCUGCAGUUCCUGAGCUGUAUUCUGAUCAUGGAGUUCAGACUCUACAYCACCAGCCUUAUGUCCAGAGUCACAUAGCCAUGCCUGCAGCUUCCUUCCUGUGUGGUUGA